UACAAAUAUUGAAUUUUAAAAAUAUAAUGAAUAAUGAUAUAUCUGUUUUAUUAAUAACCGCGAAUGUUGGUUCGGUGUUUGAAUUUGCUGAUAAGCUGAUGCUGAAUUGGUUUGAACAAAUUUUCAAUGCAAUAAAUGAAUAUAAGCCACAAUUUUUAGCUUUACACUUCCAGGAAAUUGGAGGGAAAAAUUUCGAACAUUCUAUGUCUAAUCUCAGGCCUUUCAUAGAAAAUUUUACCCAUCCCAAAACGGAGAGGAGUAUUUGUGAGCAAUACGAUAGAUAUUUCAUAUUGUGCGAUGAGAAUUAUGACUCCAUCAAGACUUUCACGGCACUUGGAAACUUUUAUUUCGUUCACAAAUCGAUUCAAGAAGUAGAAAUAUGGAAUUUCAAGAAAUCACAUUUCGAAAUUUUUCGCAGAAAACAAAUUAAUAUCGGCAAUAUAGAGAACGUGGAAUUUAUUAUGAAAGAAAAAUUUCCUCCUGAGUUUUAUCCAGGCGAAAAAUGGUCAAGGAAAGGAUUCUGCAUGACUCGAUGGCGAUUUUCGAAAACCAACGCGUUUAAUUUCAUCAACAUUCAUAUGUUUCAUGAUGCUUCAAAUAUAAUCGCCAUCAAAACGUCCAGUUUACCGCCCGUUAAAGUUUUAAAGAAUGAAAAUCGUGACCGCCAUGGGGCUCAGACCUUACCGGAGCCCCUGUUGAGUUGGCCUGUUGACAAUGAUUAUAUAUCUCCGUCCUUUUAUACCACAUGCCGUUAUAAUGCUCUGGAGUUUACUCUCAAUAGAAUCGAGAAUUCAAAUUCCAAAAUGAAUAUUUCUGAAUUUAACUGCCACAAAAUGGAAUCGACUAAUAUUCCUUACUUUAUCUUUGGCGAUUUCAAUUUCAGAUUGGAUACUCAGAGUCUGAUAAAAAAAUUAAUAGGCGAUGAUCAACGUCUACCAAAGUACAACGUAUCUAUUUUCGUGUCCAAAACCGUUCAAAACAAUAUCGAGACUCAAUUAGGAUUAAGCGAUUUCAAAUCGAUGGUUCACCAAAACUCUCAAAAUAAAAUCUUAGAAAGUGUUACAAAUAUAAACAUUUCGAAUAAUGAAAGAUUUUAUGAUAUCAAUAGUGGUAUAAGUGUAGACGAAAAUAAUGCAUUCAAUGCCUCUCAUAUAGGAAACGCUCGAUCCUUAACUAAACCCACAUUAAUUUUGGACAAAAAAUUGUUUAAUUUAUUCGAAAAUCACGACAAAAUUUUCAAAUCGAGAGACACUAACUCAUGGGUUCUGGCUUUGGAUAAAGAAUUAUCACCAUUCUUACAUUUAUUACACGAGUAUCCUAUCAAUUUCUUUCCCAGCUACCCUUAUGAAGAAGAUAUUUCAAAAGCAAAUGAAUACAUGAAAACAAGAUGCCCUGGUUGGUGUGAUAGGGUUUUAUGUAGCAAAUUGGCACAAAGUUUUAUUAAUUCUAAGAAACCUAUAAUUUAUCGGAUCAUAGGCGAAAACACUUGUAUGGGAGAUCAUAAACCCGUAUGUUUAGAAUUCUCUUUAAAGUUUUAGUAACAAGAUUGCUAUUAAAUGUCAUACUCGUAUAUAUCAAGCAAUACAUCAUUUACAUUACACAAUUAUACCAAAUUUUACAGAUUAUUAGAGUGCAAUAGAAAACAUGUUAUUUUAAAUUAUAAUGAUAUUUAUAUUAUUUAAAAUUUACGUAUAUUGCAUUAUACAUCACUACGAUUGAAAAGGUUAUAUUUAUAGAAUUCUUGUUUUUAUAAGUUAAUUAUUCAAAAUUUUAAUAAUAUAGCAAGCUUUUUUAUAAAAUGUGAAAUUAUCAACUCAACUAAAUAUUAUCACUAAAAAAUUAUUAUCAAAAAACAUGUAUUUAUUAUUCAAAG